GUAUUGCGCGUACGCGAGCGAGGUCACAUUGGUUCAGUUUUGUAAUGUUUUGAGAAACAUCACUACAAUGGAGGCAGCCAACGCAGAGGAGGUCCCCCUGAGACAUGUGGAGAAAGAUGUCCUAAUCCCCAAAAUGAUGAGAGAGAAAGCCAAGGAGCUCUGUGCUGAGAAAGUGGAAGCCUUCAACCACUGCUGUAAAGAGACUGGUUUCUUAAUGGUGCUAAAGUGUCGAGAGGAAAACGCAGCACUGAAGGAAUGUCUGACGCUACAUUACAAGGACCCUGCGUUCUUCGAGCAGUGUAAGCAGGAGUACAUCCAAGAGAAACUGGAGUUUGAGAGGACAGGGGUCGCAUCAAAGAACAGGAAACAAAAACUCCCAACUAGCAUGUAAUAAACCGCACGAGGUGUGGAGUGUGAGACUCUGGCCAGAGGCAGCACUAAGCCCUGCUCACACAGGACACAUUGUCAUCUGGCAGGGUUUAUUCCUCUUAAAACCUCACGCCUGUGCAUUUUAUUUAAAUCUGUGGAGGGACUGAAACUGGUGUGGUGUGCAAGAAUGGUAUAUGAUCAACAUCAUGGCGUUUUUGUUCUGUAUAUGUGUCAAAUAUUCUCCAUCAGAUGGCCAGAAGGAUCUUGAGCACUUCAUUGAAUCAGCAGCAUUUGCAUUGAAUUUACCGCUGAGCUUAUUGAUUGACAGAAUCUACAGAUCUGAUCAUACAGUCACCUUCUGUACCCAAACCCCAAAGAUCUUAAUCUGAGUGCAGAGCUUCAGCUCUGAAUGUGUGUGGUCAUUAAUUGAGAGAUGCUUAAUAUCUGCAGGACACUCUGUUGUGUGUUUAUAUUUCACAUGCAGUGAUGGCACAGUUGGUAUUGAAGAGUCCAGUUUGUUGGCUUGAUGGCUAAAUUACCUGCAGAGGAAAGUUGAGGGCUUCAUAUGUUGUCAAAAAAUAAUUUCAUAAAGACUUGGAAAUUGAAGACGCUUGUACAGUGUAUGUAAUUUACCAAGCAAUUAAACGUGUGAUCAUGUGACAUGCAAUGGAAUGUGACAUUGUAAAUAAAAAUAUUCAAUAGCA